AUGCCACAACUAGAUACAUCAACUUGAUUUAUCACUAUUGUAUCAAUAAUUAUAACACUAUUUAUCAUAUUCCAACUAAAAAUCUCAAAAUAUCUAUAUCCGUCAAAUCCAGAACCCAAGUCUACAAUUACACUAAAACAAUCUAAUCCCUGAGAAAAAAAAUGAACGAAAAUCUAUUCGCCUCUUUCGCUACCCCAACAAUAA